AUGGUUGACUUACACCUUGACUGUCAUUCACACAAUUUUGUUCAACUAUCCAAUGGUCUCAAAUCAUUCAUACAACUUAGCCGAAGUGAUGUUGUUCCUAUCACCAACCAAGCUGUUGACAGAGAAGAAAUUUGCGCCAGUCAGGAACUAUGCAUUUAUCAAAUAAUUAUCACAUUUCAAAGCCAGUCUUUCGAAUUUGUUAGAAUUAACAUUGAAAUUUUAGACAUGAAUGAUCAUAACCCAACAUUUCUACACGAUGUCAUAUGGGUAGAUAUUUCAGAAACAACUGCCAUUGGGUCAACGGUUGUAUCACUCUUUGCUUUUGACCCUGAUGUGGGCAACAACACUGUACAAAUGUAUGACCUAUUCAAAACAUAUCUCUCUUCUUUUGGCCUCACCACAUAUUUCAGUAUAGUUCAAGAAGUCAUUGUUGCCGAAAUAGUGGUGCUGAAAACACUCAAGAUCUUUCAGCAAAAUACCUAUUAUGGUGAAAUUUAUGAAAAUUCGGCCGAUGAAGUUGAGUUGAUAUCUCUACAUGAUGAAGAUCUGGAUGCCGAGCAGAAUGGCAGUGUAGUUUAUUCAUUAACUCACAGAACACCAUCCCACAGUCGAAAACUAUUUGGUGUUGAUUCAGUUAAUGGUAAUAUUAAAACGUUACAAAGUUUAGACUAUAAAACUGACCAGCAUUUUUUAUUUGUUUUACAAGCAACCAGCCCAUCACCAUUUAUACCUGAAUAUGCCACUGUCAUAAUAGAUGUCAUUGAUGUUAAUGACAAUUUUCCAUAUAUCAAGUUGAGUUCUACCUCAUCUCCUGCGGCAGAUGCCCGAAUAUCUGAAGCAGUUUUGCAAGGUUACACAGUUGCUUUUGUAACCAUCUCUGAUAAGGACAGUGGAAUGAAUGGGAAGAUGAUGCUGCAACUGAUGGGAUCAAAUGAUGACUUCGUGCUAGAAUAG